UGAUGAUUUAGAGUUGCGGUCUCUUCCUUCUGGAAUGUGCCUGAAGCCGUUUGGGCUUCAAUCUGGAUUUAGUUGUGGAUGUUACUGGACUUGAACACUGCACUGCCGCACUUUAACCGGGAUUUAUCUUCUUUUUUUUAUUCGAGCCAAAAACAAGACUCACCAGGCGGAAAGGCCAACGACCAACACAAACGCCAUUUUCUGCGGAUUCUAGCUAACUUUAAAACCUAAUUUGGCGCUUAACUCCUUAUUUGAGCUGGACACACCUUAAUUUGUGACGCCAAACACCCUUUAGAAUGUCUUUUAAGUCACCGUUUAUUUGCGUGGUUUUGGGCGUAACAGGAUUUCUGGCCUCAUCCUACGCCAUAGAAUGUGGUCGACCACCGCUGUUGGAGAACAGGAUUGUCGGAGGAAUUGACUCCUCUGACGGGGAGUGGCCGUGGCAGGUGGACAUACAGAAAGAGGUUACUGGUCACAUCUGUGGAGGUUCCAUCGUUACGGAGAACUGGAUCCUAUCAGCGGCUCACUGUUUCCCCAAUCCGUCCGAUGUAAGUUCGUACAUCAUAUACGCCGGCCGCUACCAGCUGAACGGCUUCAACCCUCACCAGUCGAUGCACCGCGUGAGGUACGUGGAGAUCCAGUCCGGGUAUGUCGAGCCUCACAGCGGUAAGGAUGUGGCUCUGGUGCGGCUGGUCACCCCAUUGACCUGGUCAGAUUGGAUCCGUCCUGUGUGCCUGCCUGCCUCUGGCACCUUGUUCCCAGGCGGAAUGCAAUGUUUUGCCACCGGUUGGGGAAACGUCCGCCCUGAUGUCCCCCUGCAAGGAGCGGGGCCUCUGCAGAUGGUGCAGCUGCCAAUCAUCUCGCAGGGUUCAUGUCAGAAAAUGUACCAGAUGAAGCAGGUGGACAUCUUGUAUGACAUGAUCUGUGCCGGCUUCCAAGAGGGCGGCAAGGACUCCUGCCAGGGUGACUCAGGAGGGCCCCUCGUCUGCCAGAUGCUGAACGGGACCUGGGUGCAAGCCGGAGUGGUGAGUUUCGGGCUGGGCUGUGCUGAGGCCAACCAACCAGGUGUGUACGCCAGACUCACCAGCUACUCCAGCUUCAUCAGGGACAACAUUCCCGAUGUCCAGCUAUACGGCCGAGGUCAUCGGCACCAGCUAGGGGGGACCGCCACGAUUCUGCUCGGCUCGCUGUGCGCCGUGCUCAACCUGCUUAGGCUAUAAGAGGAUUUUAGGGAAUAUGUAACCGGGCCAAAUGAAGAAAUUUACCUUACGAUUGAUGCACCAAGAAAUGUAAAAUAAUCGUCGUUUUUAGAUGUAAAAUGUGAUUUUUCAAGUGUUUUUGAUACUUUUAUUUGAAUAACAACCAUGAGUUAUACUGUUUUGUUUCAAAUAAAUUUCUUACAAUACGA